AUGCCCGUCGCCCUCCCUAGCGCCCGUUGCACUCCCUUCCGCCAUCGCCCUCCCUUCCGCCCGUCGCCAGUCGCCAUGCCUUCCGCCCGUCGCCCUCCCUUCCGCCCGUCGCCCUUCCUUCCGCCCGUCGCCCUCUCUUCUGCCCGUCACCCUCCCUUCGUCUCGUCACCCUCCCUUCCUCCCAUUGGCCUCCCGACCACCCGCCGCCCUACCUUCCCCUCGUCGCGCCCCCUUCCGCCCGUUGCCCCCCUUUGUCACGCCGCGCUCCCUGCUGCUCAUCGCCCUCCCGCUCUUCCCCUCGCAAUCCCCGUAUCUCUCUCUCCCCUCAUCGCCUCUCACUGUCGCCAUCCCUCCCUUCUCCCUUCCCAACUCGUUUGGACCAGUCACACCCCCUUUCCAACCCGCACACACCCGUUCCUUCCCCCAAUGAUCACCUUUCACCGCCACACUCCUUCCCUCUCUCAUUCCCCAAAUCAUUUCCGGGCUCCCCACCGUUCUUCAGAUAGCUCUCUCCCCGGCAUCUCCCCCACUCCACUCGUCCUGCUCCCCCCCAUCCCCUUCACUAUUUCCCCUGGGUUUCCCGCGCUGCUUCCCCCCCAUCCCCUUCUCUACUUCCCCACAUCCCCUUCCCUCCUUUCCCCCAUCCCCUUCCCUUCUUCCCCCCAUCCCUUUACCUGCUUCCGCCCAUCUCCUUCCCUGCUUCCUCCCAUCCCUUCCCUUCUUCCCCCCAUCCCUUUACCUGCUUUCCCCCAUCCCCUUCCUUGCUUCCCCCCAUCCCCUUCCCUGCUUCCCCCCAUCCCCUUCCCUGCUUCCCCCCAUCCCCUUCCUUGCUUCCCCCCAUCCCCUUCCCUGCUUCCCAAUGCCCAAUUCCUUUCUUCCCCCCAUCCCCUUCCCUGCUUCUCCCCAUCCCCUUCCCUUCUUCCCCCCAUCCCCUUCCCUACUUCCCCAUGUUCCCUUCCCUGCUUCCCCCCAUCCCCUUCCCUUCUUACCCCCAUACCUUUACCCGCUUCCCCCCAUCUCCUUCCUUGCUUCCUCCCAUCCCUUCCCUUCUUCCCCCCAUCCCUUUACCUGCUUCCCCCCAUCCCUUUCCCUGCUUCCCCCCAUCCCCUUCCCUGCUUCCCCCCAUCCCCUUCCCUUAUUCCCCCCGUCCCCUUCCCUGCUUCCCCAUGUCCAAUUCCCUUCUUCCCCCCAUCCCCUUCCAUGCUUCUCCCCAUCCCCUUCCCUUCUUCCCCCCAUCCCCUUCCCUGCUUCCCCAUGUUCCCUUCCCUGCUUCCCCCCAUCCCCUUCCCUUCUUCCCCCCAUACCUUUACCUGCUUCCCCCCAUCUCCUUCCCUGCUUCCUCCCAUCCCUUCCUUUCUUCCCCCCAUCCCUUUACCAGCUUCCCCUCAUCCCCUUCCCUGCUUCCCCCCAUCCCCUUCCCUGCUUCCCCCCAUCCCCUUCCCUGCUUCCCCCCAUCCCCUUCACUGCUUCCCCGUGUCAGCGUCCCUGCUUCCCCCCAUCCCCUUCCCUUCUUCCCCCCAUCCCCUUCCCUGCUUCCCAAUGCCCAAUUCCCUUCUUCCCCCCAUCCCCUUCCCUGCUUCUCCCCAUCCCCUUCCCUUCUUCCCCCCAUCCCCUUCCCUACUUCCCCAUGUUCCCUUCCCUGCUUCCCCACAUCCCCUUCCCUUCUUCCCCCCAUACCUUUACCCGCUUCCCCCCAUCUCCUUCCUUGCUUCCUCUCAUCCCUUCCCUUCUUCCCCCCAUCCCUUUACCCGCUUCCCCCCAUCCCUUUCCCUGCUUCCCCCCAUCCCCUUCCCUGCUCCCCCCCAUCCCCUUUCCUUAUUCCCCCCAUCCCCUUCCCUGCUUCCCCAUGUCCAAUUCCCUUCUUCCCCCUAUCCCCUUCCAUGCUUCUCCCCAUCCCCUUCCCUUCUUCCCCCCAUCCCCUUCCCUUCUUCCCCCCAUCCCCUUCCCUACUUCCCCAUGCUCCCUUCCCUGCUUCCUCCCAUCCCCUUCCCUUCUUCCCCCCCAUACCUUUACCUGCUUCCCCCCAUCUCCUUCCUUGCUUCCUCCCAUCACUUCCUUUCUUCCCCCCAUCCCUUUACCUGCUUCCCCUCAUCCCCUUCCCUGCUUCCCCCCAUCCCCUUCCCUGCUUCCCCCCAUCCCCUUCCCUGCUUCCCCCCAUCCCCUUCACUGCUUCCCCGUGUUAGCGUCCCUGCUUCCCCCCAUCCCCUUCCCUUCUUCCCCCCAUCCUCUUCCCUGCUUCCCCCCAUCCCCUUCCCUGCUUCCCCAUGUCCCCUUCCCUGCUUCCCCCCAUCCCCUUCCCUGCGUCCCAACAUCCCUUUCCCUGCUUCCCCCCAUCCCCUCCCCUGCUUCCCCCCAUCCCUUUCCUUGCUUUCCCCCAUCCCCUUCCCUGCUUUCCCAUGUCCCUUUCUCUGCUUACCCCCCAUCCCCUUCCCUUCUUCCCACCAUCCCUUUACCCGCUUCCCCCCAUCACCUUCCCUGCUUCCCCCCAUCCCUUUCCCUGCUUUCCCCCAUCCCCUUCCCUGCUUCCCCCCAUCCCCUUCCCUGCUCCCCCCCAUCCCCUUCCCUUAUUCCCCCCGUCCCCUUCCCUGCUUCCCCAUGUCCAAUUCCCUUCUUCCCCCCAUCCCCUUCCAUGCUUCUCCCCAUCCCCUUCCCUUCUCCCCCCCAUCCCCUUCCCUGCUUCCCCCCAUCCCCUUCUUUGCUUCCCCCCAUCCCCUUCACUGCUUCCCCGUGUCCGCGUCCCUGCUUCCCCCCAUCCCCUUCCAUUCUUCCCCCCAUCCCCUUCCCUACUUCCCCCGAUCCCCUUCCCUGCUUCCCCAUGUCCCCUUCCCUGCUUCCCCCCAUCCCCUUCCUUGCGUCCCAACAUCUCUUUCCCUGCUUCCCCCCAUUCCCUUCCCUGCUUCCCCCCAUCCAUUCCCCUGCUUUCCCCCAUCCCCUUCCCUGCUUUCCCAUGUCCCUUUCUCUGCUUACCCCCCAUCCCCGUCCCUUCUUCCCCCCAUCCCUUUACCUGCUUCCCUGUGUCCCCUUCCCUGCUUCCCCGUGUCCCCUUCCCUGCUUCCCCGUGUCCCUUUCCCUGCUUCCCCCCACCCCCUUCCCUGCUUCCCCAUUUCCCUUUCCCUGCUUCCCCCUGUCCCCUUCCCUGCUUACCCAUGUCCCUUUCCUUGCUUUCCCCCAUCCCCUUCCAGUCUUUCCCCCAUCCCUUUCCCUGCUUCCCCUCAUCCCCUUCCCUUCUUCCCCCCAUCCCUUUCCCUCCUUCCCCCCAUCCCCUUCCCUGCUUCCCCCCAUCCCUUUCCUUGCUUCCCUCAAUUCCCUUCCGUGCUUCCCCAUGUCCCUUUCCCUGCUCCCCAUCCCCUUCCCUGCGUCCCCCCAUCCCUUUCCUUGCUUCCCCCAACCCCCUUCCCUGCUUUCCCCCAUCCCCUUCCCUGCUUCCCCCUAUCCCCCCUGCUUGCCCCCAUCCCCUUCCCUGCUUCCCCCCAUCCCCUUCCCUUCUUCCCCCCAUCCCUUUACCUGCUUUUCGGUGUCCCCUUCCCUGCUUCCCCAUGUCCCCUUCCCUGCUUCCCCAUGUCCCUUUCCCUGCUUCCCCCCAUCCCCUUCCCUGCUUUCCCAUGUCCCUUUCCCUGCUUCCCCAUGUCCCUUUCCCUGCUUCCCCCCAUCCCCUUCCCUGCUUUCCCAUGUCCCUUUCCCUGCUUCCCUGUGUCCCCUUCCCUGCUUCCCCGUGUCCCCUUCCCUACUUCCCCGUGUCCCCUUCCCUGCUUCCCCAUGUCCCCUUCCCUGCUUCCCCGUGUCCCCUUCCACCGCACUCACAUGCACCACUUGUCUGCUCUUCAUAUUCUCCCUCAGAUUCCUCCUCACAUGUCUUCUAGAACCCUGGAGGACGAGGAGGAGCAGCCACGCCUAGCGCUGGCGGCUUCCAUGGAGGGGCAUACAGAGGAAGAGGGGGCCGAGGCGGGAAGGUGGGCAAGGUGGGGAGCAAGGUGGGGACAUGGGCCCAUGGAGGGCAGCAGGGACGACGCCUCUCGUGUGGCAGAGGGUCAGGAGCAACAAGGGGCGUGGGCAGGAGGGGCAGCGGAGGAGGAGGUUGAGUUACCAGAGGAGCCCGUAGUGCGCACUCCAGCCAGCCGUCGCAUUGCCAUUCGUUGCCCGGAUGGCACUCGGCUGGAGUGUCAGUUCCGGGCCCAGGCACUCUCUCCAUGUUCUGUCCCCAUCCUUCAAAACAACCUGCUUGCCACCCAUCCCACGCCUGUGCACAAAUCCCAUCCGUCCUGCCAUGCUCAUUCCCAUCCUUCCUGCCAUGCUCAUUCCCUUGCUCUCCCACUCACUCCUUUGUUCUCCCACGCCCCACUCCCCAGUCCCCCAGAUGCUGGGAAGCAGAUCUACGAUUGA